AUGCACCCUACCUCAAAACUACCCCCGCCUUCACCAUCCGUGCCUCCUCCUCCACCACCACCACAUCGCCUGCUGCACCACCAAACCAAAGCUCCACCGCCACCAAACUCAACAAAUACAGCUCAAGAAUCACUGAACCCAAGUCUCAAGGGGGGUCACAGGCCAUUCUUUACGCUUGCAGAGGCGGUUAGGGAAGGUGUUAGAGAGGCUGGAAUGGUGGGAUUCAGAUUCAACACCAUUGGUGUUAGUGAUGCUAUUUCAAUGGGGACCAGAGGCAUGUGCUAUAGUUUGCAGUCAAGGGAUUUGAUUGCUGAUAGCAUUGAGACUGUCAUGGCUGCUCAGUGGUAUGAUGGGAAUAUUUCCAUCCCUGGUUGUGACAAAAAUAUGCCAGGCACCAUUAUGGCAAUGGGACGACUUAAUCGGCCGAGUAUCAUGGUUUACGGUGGAACUAUUAAGCCUGGUCAUUUUGGAGGUCACACAUAUGACAUUAUAUCUGCCUUCCAGGUUUAUGGAGAGUAUGUGAGUGGUUCAAUCAAUGACGAAGAAAGAAUGAACGUAGUUCGUAACUCAUGCCCUGGAGCAGGGGCAUGUGGUGGAAUGUAUACUGCAAAUACUAUGGCUUCUGCCAUCGAGACAAUGGGAAUGUCUCUUCCUUACAGUUCCUCUACGCCUGCUGAAGACCCUUUGAAACUGGAUGAGUGCCGCCUAGCCGGGAAGCAUCUGCUAGAUUUAAUUAAGAUGGACUUGAAACCUCGAGACAUUAUCACUCCAAAAUCCCUACGCAAUGCGAUGGUUAUGGUCAUGGCACUUGGUGGUUCUACCAAUGCUGUUUUACAUUUAAUUGCUAUUGCAAGGUCUGUUGGUUUGCAGUUAACGCUUGAUGAUUUCCAAAAGGUCAGCGAUGAGGUUCCAUUCCUUGCAGAUCUGAAGCCUAGUGGCAAAUAUGUAAUGGAGGACUUACACAAGAUUGGAGGUACUCCUGCAAUCAUUAGGCAUUUAUUGGAGCUUGGGUUUUUAGAUGGAGAUUGUAUUACAGUUACGGGACAGACUUUGGCUGAGAAUGCCAAACUAUAUCCAUCCUUUCCUGAAGGUCAGCAAAUAAUAAGACCAUUGACGAACCCCAUCAAGGAAACGGGCCACAUUCAGAUCUUAUAUGGAAAUCUUGCACCAGAGGGUUCCGUGGCAAAGAUCACGGGGAAAGAAGGGUUAUAUUUCUCUGGUCCCGCACUUGUCUUUGAAGGAGAAGAAUCUAUGAUUGCAGCUAUCUCAGAAAAUCCUCAGAGUUUUAAGGGAAAAGUUGUCGUUAUUAGAGGAGAGGGGCCCAAAGGGGGACCAGGCAUGCCUGAAAUGUUGACCCCAACCAGUGCAAUAAUGGGGGCAGGUCUUGGAAAGGAGGUUGCUUUGCUGACUGAUGGACGAUUUUCUGGAGGCUCACACGGAUAUGUCGUAGGCCACAUAUCCCCUGAGGCACAGGAAGGUGGUCCAAUUGCUCUUAUCGAAAAUGGAGACGUAAUCACCAUAGAUAUUGAGAAGAGAAGAAUGGAUGUGCGUUUAACUGACGAGGAAUUAAAUGAACGCAGAAAGAAGUGGACUCCCCCACCUUAUAAGGCUGAACGAGGUGUUCUUUACAAGUACAUCAAGAGCGUGCAAGCAGCUUCGAAGGGAUGCGUUACCGAUGAAGAGUAG